UCCCAAGUCUCCAACUUGAGUAGAGUCCUCGAUUGCUCCGCAGUCCACCCCACAAAGACCCCAAAACUAACGCGUCCUCUUGCUUCUUUUCACCUCUUUAAGUUCUUGUAAUGGGAUUUUAUUGAAACAAAACAAAAAUUCUGUUUUCUCCUCCAUUUUAAGAGCAGAAUUUAAAGGGCCAACUAGAUGGGAGCCUAUAUAGUUGGUGUCCUUGUUCCACUCGUAGUUACACUUUUGCUUCGAAACUCAAAGAAUAGGAAAAAACGCGGUGUCCUUGUUGAUGUGGGUGGGGAGCCUGGCUAUGCUAUUCGAAACUAUCGGUAUGCCACCCCUGUGGAAACAGCGUGGGAAGGUGUUACAACUCUCGCCGAGCUUUUUGAAUAUUCUUGCAAAAAGUAUUGUGACAAGAAGUUACUCGGGACUCGGAGGCUUAUUUCGAGAGAGAUGGAGGCAUCUUUGGAUGGAAGGUCAUUUGAGAAGCUUCACUUGGGUGAUUAUGAGUGGUUGAGUUAUAGGGAAGCUUUUGAGCUCGUGUGCAACUUUUCGUCUGGAUUAGUACAUCUCGGGCAUAAAAGAGAAGAGCGUGUAGCCAUUUUUGCGGACACGUGUGGAGAAUGGUUCGUUGCACUUCAGGCUUGCUUUAGGCGCAAUGUGACUGUGGUAACUAUUUAUGCAUCUUUGGGGGAAGAAGCUCUCUGCUACUCUUUAAAUGAGACAGAAGUUACGACUGUGAUUUGUGGGCAAAAAGAACUGAAGAAGCUCGUUGACAUUAGUGGACAACUCGACACAGUAAAACGCGUAGUAGUCAUGGAAAAUGAAAUUCAAUCGAAUGGAUCAACUGCUAUUGGGAACUCAAGCUGGACGAUAUCGUCCUUUUCUGAUGUUGAGAAGCUUGGACGAGAAAAUCCAGUUGAACCGGAUUUACCUCUUGCUGCUGACGUUGCUGUGAUAAUGUAUACAAGUGGAAGUACCGGUUUGCCUAAGGGUGUGGUAAUGACACACAGGAAUGUUCUAGCAACAGCUUCUGCUGUUAUUACAAUUGUUCCGGAUCUUGGAAGCAAGGAUGUCUACUUAGCGUACCUUCCUCUCGCUCAUAUUUUAGAAUUAGCCGCAGAGAAUUUUAUACCCACAAUUGGAGGUUCUAUAGGAUAUGGUUCUCCUUUAACGCUUACUGAUACUUCAAAUAAGAUAAAGAAGGGAACAAAAGGAGACGCUUCUUUGUUAAGGCCAACAUUAUUGGCUGCCGUCCCAGCCAUUCUUGAUCGUGUUCGAGAUGGUGUGCGAAAGAAGGUAAAUGCCAAGGGUGGCCUAGCAAAGAAAUUGUUCGAUUUGGCAUAUGCUCGUAGGCUGUCUGCAAUCAAGGGCAGUUGGUUCGGAGCAUGGGGUUUGGAGAGGCUCUUUUGGAACUUUCUCGUGUUCAGAAAUGUCCGGGCAGUUUUAGGUGGACGUAUUCGCUUUAUAUUAUCGGGAGGGGCUCCUCUCUCGGGUGAUACUCAACGAUUCAUCAAUAUAUGUCUUGGUGCCCCCAUUGCUCAGGGUUACGGGCUCACCGAGACCUGUGCCGGUGGAAGUUUUAGUGAACAUGAUGAUACAUCAGUUGGCCGUGCUGGUGCUCCAUUGCCGUGCUCGUAUAUUAAGUUGAUCGAUUGGCCUGAGGGUGGAUAUCGAAUAACCGAUUCACCGAUGCCUCGGGGAGAGAUUGUUAUAGGGGGGCCAAAUGUCACUAUUGGGUAUUUCAAAAACGAGGAGAAAACUAAGGAAGUCUACAAGGUUGACGAGAGAGGCAUGAGGUGGUUUUACACGGGUGACAUAGGGCAGUUUCAUGGCGAUGGUUGCAUUGAGAUAAUUGACCGUAAAAAGGAUAUCGUGAAACUUCAGCAUGGAGAAUAUGUUUCUCUAGGCAAGGUCGAGGCUGCGCUAGUUAUUAGCCCCUAUGUCGACAAUAUAAUGGUGCAUGCGGAUCCCUUUCAUAGUUACUGCGUUGCUCUAGUGGCAGCGGCACAGGCCGCGUUGGAGGACUGGGCCGCAGAACACGCAAUCGAGUUUGUGGAUUUUUCGGACUUGUGCGUUAAGGAAGAAACUAUCAAGGAGGUGUAUGCUUCACUCGUAAAGGCGGCGAAGGCUGCACGCCUGGAGAAGUUCGAGAUACCUGCGAAGAUAAAACUGCUCGCGGAACCGUGGACCCCGGAAUCCGGGCUGGUUACUGCUGCUCUCAAGCUCAAGAGAGAAGUCAUCAGGAAGACUUUCUCUGAGGAUCUUGCCAAGCUAUACUCAUCAUCCUGAUUUUGAAGGCAACUUUUUUUUUUUUUUUUUUUUGGAGAAAAAGAGUGUAUGGUUUAACUUCUCAGAGGUUUAAAUAAGGCUUUGUACAACUAACACUAGAGCUGUUUGUGUAUUUUACUAUCCAUGUCAAUGUUUACUUCUUGGAGAUGAAACCAAAUCUUCUUUUUGUUAGUUAAUUCUUAACAUGUUUUAUAGUUUUAAAA